UUUGAUUAAUUUAUUUUUUUUUUUCUUUAAUUUAAAAAAAAAAAAAAAAAUUUUUUUUUUUUUUUAGAUAUAACUUACCGUACAAAUAAUCGAUCGGUACCAUAUCGUGGUGAAUUAAUUGUAACAAAAUAUCGUUUAAUGUUUGUUACAAAACCACCUGAUACUAUUCAAGUACUUGUUGAUGUACCAUUAGGUAUGAUAAGUCAGAUAGAAAAAAUUGGUGGACAAGCAAGAAGUAAUAUAAGUGAUGGUGCUGCAUAUGGAAUAGAAAUAAAUUGCAAAGAUUUACGUCAUUUCUUUUUUGGUAAUGCUAAAGAACAAAAUCAACGGCGAAAUUUACUUGAUCAUCUAACACGUCUUGUUUUUCCAUUUUCAAUUAGUAAAGCAGAUAUUACAAAUCCAUUACAAUUUUUUAAUGUAAGAAUUCAAAUUAUUACGAAAUUUCAAUCUAAAUAA